AGAGUGUGUGUGUGCCCUGCGAUGGGUUGGCACUCCUUCCAGGGUGUAUCCUGCCUCAAUGCCCGAUGACGCCUGAGAGAGGCACAGGCUCCCCGUUACCGAGAAGUUCGGACAGUUUUUCUCUACGUUUGUCACAACCGAGUUACUGAGAAAACCACAAAGCGAAAAAUUCUUAUUCUUACUGAAAGACCCCUUUCAAAAAAUAUUAGAUAAACAUUCUACUGUCAGAGCUGCUAUUAUAGAAAAUCAACACCUUCUGACUAAUCAACAUCAAGCAUCGUUUUCUUUUUUUUCUGUUGUUUAAUUUAAAUGCCUUAAUUGAUGAAAAUGAGUUAAUAUGUCCACCUGCCUGUUUAAAAUACAAAUAUGUGUUAGUUGAUACACAGGUUUUUAACAAGCAUAUAACAUUUUGCAUUUAAAACCCUUGAAACAGGAAUCUGUACACACAGAGCAGAUCGUUCUAAAAUCUCCCGGUGAAUAAGUAAAUAAAGCCAGACAUGGUGUAACAUGGUAACAGCAGGGUUGGGCAGAGGAACCAGAUAUGUUUCUGGCAACCAAGGGAAAAGUCAACAGUAAACAAUCACAGGUGGAGAAACAUGACUAUGUUAUACUCAAAUCUAAUCAUUAGAUUUAGUUAGAAAAAUGCAAAUAGGACAUAAAGAAAGUGUACAGAAAGUUUUAAAGCAGGUGUAAGAGUUAUUUCACUGCAAUGGCUGACCCGAUUGUUGACCAAAUGACUCGUCUGAAAUUAAAACUGCUUGAAAAGAGACUGGAGAAUGAAAGAGCAGGUCAUGAUGAAAGGCCAGACUCUGUGCUUUCCACAAGAAGUUACGAUGGACGGAACGAAGCGCUCCACAGCGCUCUGAGACGCAAAAGAGACUUACUCCGGAGACUACGGGAACAGCAUAUCUUAGACGAAUUAGCGAGGCCUCAGACGUGGGCUGGAACUCGCAGACAUCAUCCUAACGAAUCUCCUGUCUCGCCGUCACCCCCAGUUUAUAUCUAUCAGUCUCCGCCUGCUGCCCCACCACCAGCUCCUCCUCCAGCCCCACCUCCUGCCCCACAACCUCCCCGAAUCAUCCAACACACUGUUCCACAUCCACCAGCCACCAUUAUUCAGCAGCUACCACAACAACAGCCACUUAUAGCACAGAUUCCACCAGUCCAACCUGCGCCCUACAGAUCUGGAAGCAUUAAAGAGGACAUGGUGGAGCUAAUGCUCAUGCAGAAUGCCCAGAUGCACCAGAUCAUCAUGCACAACAUGAUGCUCAAGGCGCUUCCUCCAAUGGUCGCUGGCACAAACGGGAGUCCUCCUGUAGGCCAGGGGAACUACAUGAAAGCCAAAGGAGCCGUUCACCAUCAUCACCACUAUGGGCCUCCGCCGCUUCCCCCUAUAGGCUACUCAGCUUGGCCCUCAAUGAUGUCACCACAAAGGGAAGGGUGUUACCAGUCACCCGUUCAGCACAUAACUGGCCCCGUAACUCUGCCUCCGCUUCACACCGUCACUGUUGAUGGGCUGAAGACGAGAUUUCCUCUCGGACUCUAAGCUUCCUGCACACAUCUCAGGGUCUGUGAAGAAGACAAUACACAAAUAAUUACAUUCUUGGUAGAAAUAUAUGCAUCUUUGUAAAUCAAUAAUAAAAAAAUCUUUUGGACAUGUUAGAAAUUAAGCGUUGAUGU